AUGUCCUCAUCAUUAGUUCGUGGUGCCAAAAAUGAACUCUAUCAAUAUAUUUCCUAUGCCAGUGCAAAUGAAGAUACAGAACUAACCGAUCAUUUCAAACAACGUUGGUCUCGUGUAUCACCGUGUGAUGCUACGUUGUCGUUGGAUAAAUUUCAAUUAAUUCGUACACUUGGCCGAGGCUCGUUCGGUCGAGUUGUAUUGGCAUUACUGAAAAUGGACAGUCAUAACAAAAUGGAGGGAAAUAAAUUCUAUGCGAUUAAGAUUAUGGACAAACGAAAAUUAGUUCGGUAUAAACAACUGGAUCAUACAUUGAAUGAACGUCGAGUGUUGUAUUGUUUACAACAUCCAAAUACAGUUCGAUAUUUUUUCUCGUUUAAAGAUAAUUCAUUUAUCUACUUGUCGUUGGAAUACAUCAGUGGUAGAGAUCAGCAGAGGAAUUUCAAACAGAUGAACUCGAUGCGCUUUAAUUUAGGCGGUGAUUUAUUUACUUAUUUGAGACAUACGGGAAAGUUCAAUGAAAAACAUGUCAAAUUUUAUGCUGCUCAAAUAUUUCUUGUCUUUGAAUAUUUACAUCAUUUUGAUGUACUAUAUCGUGAUUUGAAACCAGAAAACAUCUUGAUAGCAGACAAUGGGUAUCUGAAAGUGACAGACUUCGGUUUUGCUAAACAUGUUCCUGGCCGAACGUACACACUAUGUGGUACACCGGAUUACUUGCCACCGGAAAUAAUUAAACACAAAGGUUACGGGAAGUCAGUCGAUUGGUGGACAUUCGCAGUUCUCUGUUAUGAAAUGGCUGCCGGUCAACCACCCUUCUCUGGAAAGGAUCAUAUUCAAUUAUAUGAAGCAAUUGUCAAUCAGCGUUAUACGUGUCCAUCAUCAUUUUCGAAUGAGUUAGCUGAUCUAAUCAAGAAAAUUCUCGUUAUUGAUGUUAGUACGCGACUUGGGUGCAUGGCCAAUGGAAAUAAAGACAUUCAAAAUCAUCCGUUCUUUGAUAGUGUGAAUUUCGUUAAGAUUUAUCAUCAGACAGAAAAUUCGAAUAGUGUACCAUAUAAGCCAGCGAAAAAAGAUCCAUUAGAUCCGUCAUCACUUAGCCAAGCGGAAGAGCCGAUUCGAGUAUCAAGGCACAAUUUACACGAAGAGGAAUUUCGAAUGUUUUAA